UUCAACUUGAGACCCAGUCCUCAGCUUCUGACACAAUGAGCUACUACUAUGGCAACUACUAUGGUGGCCUGGGCUAUGGCCUUGGUGGCUUCAGUGGCCUGGGCUAUGGCUAUGGCUCCCGCUAUGGCUUUGGGGGCUAUGGUGGUUAUGGCUAUGGCUACUUCCGUCCCUCUUUCUACAGAGGAUACUAUUCAUCUGGGUAUUACUGAAAACUUCACCACCUCCGUUGUCUGUUUCCUGACCCAGCAUCCAUCACUCAAGUUGGACAUUCUCACCCCUGCUGUGCUGAGCACAUGAAGAGUUCUUCUUUUUCCCUUCAGUGAUGUCACCGGGAAUGUUAUUCCAAUAAACACUUUGUGAAGAUUA